GAAAUCCGUAACAUCCAUAAUGAUGAGCUGAUGGGUAUUCGGAGAGAGGAGGAAAUGGAAAUGUCUGAUGAAGAAAUAGAAGAUCCAUCAGAGAUGAAAGAAACAGAAGAAUCGGCACUGAUGUCGCAGGUGGAGGCGCUGAAGGAGGAGAACGACAGCCUGCGCUGGCAGCUGGACGCGUACCGCAACGAGGUGGAGCUGCUGAAGCAGGAGCAGGGCAAAGCCAGCCGGGAUGAGGACACCACCAAGGAGCAGCAGAUGAAGCUCCUCCAGCAGGCUCUGCAGGGAAUGCAGAAGCAUCUUUUGAAAGUUCAAGAGGAAUACAAAAAGAAAGAAGCUGAGUUAGAAAAAGUGAAAGAAGACAAAUGGAAAAUAGAAACAUUACUAGAAAACCUGAAGGAGCAGCAGAGCAUGGCAGAUGAAGAGGACAAUGAACGAGAUGCAGCUGAUGGCCAAGGGAAUGAGAGCAGCACAUCCAGAGUCUGUGCAUGCAGCCAGGAGAAGGAAUGUCCAGUGGAGAAGACAUUGAGCAACAGUCCUGUGAAAUCCGAACGAGAAGUUCUCUUAGUUGGAAUAAUUUCCACAUUUCUCCACGUGCACCCGUUUGGAGCGAGCAUCGAGUACAUCUGCUCCUACCUGCAGCGUCUGGACAGCAAGAUCUGCACGGCAGAAGUGGAAGUUCUCAUGACACGACUCCAGAACACAUUCCGGCAGGAGCUGAGUGGCGUUGGGGCCAGCUUGGAGAAGAGGUGGAAGUUUUGUGGCUUUGAUGGGUUGAAAAUGACUUGAGCUUUGACUUAGUGCUGAAAACAGCAUAAUAUGGAUGCUGAGAAAACCUGGGAUGCUCUUCCCUCUGCUGAUGAUUCCCUCACACGCACCAUGGCCUCGGGAUACAAUGUGUAAGUGAAAUGAAGUCCAGAGCAGCACUGGAAGAACCUUCAAGUUAUGCAGCCCCUUUCAUCAAGGUAUUUGUUAAUGGGAAAGUGCUGCUUAAUAUAUUUGAGGAAAAAAACUCCUGCCUGACCCUUUGGAGCACAGCGUGUUGACUCUGUCCUGCCAAUGUUGUAUGUGUUUGUGUGCCCAAAUUUCUCCUCUUCAGCCUUCCUACUGGUAGGAAUCAGCCACAGGCUGUCCUGAAGCAAAAACAAAGAGGCAUUUUCUGGUUUCUACGUCACCAAAA